UUCGUAGUCUCCAACAUGUCGCCGUGUAAUCGUGCACUGAUGUUUCCUUUGUGUACCAGCUGACGCGAAGUGUUUGGGGGGGCGUUGGGCGAGGUAAGCCGCACGCACACACAUAAACACCCACAUGCUUCCGUCCCUUGUCCCUCGCUUUCGCCGUUCACUGUCCGUUUAUUCCCAUGAGCCAGGCGGCUUGUUCCCGCUUGCGAUCCAUCCAACCCUCCCAUACUUGAGCGUAGCCGCAAAAGCCCUUCAGUCGCAUCAUCGAAGCGCCCCUUGCCGUCAAGCGUCCAAGCCAUCUCGUGGCCCUGUCGCUUUGAAGCGUGGCAGCCUGGGGCGAUCAGCCCGAGCUUGUCCUCGCAGAUCGUGAUCGUGAUCGCGAAAAACGCCUCCGCGGAACCACAGCGCACC